CGGAACUUACGCUCCAUAUCAGGAACAUGGUCCGUGCGUAGACAGGACACGGGAGGCCCGCCGUUCAUAUCGCGAUACCGAGUAGUUUUCAUCGGAUUGAUUCUGCAGAUCAGAGGAGUCGGCUUUACCGCAGGUUGUCUACACCGUCUAUUUCAUACUUACCGUAUAAUCGAUAGCUGGUGCCAUCCACUUGUUAUUCCCCACCUAUUUUAGCGUGUUUGUGUUGGGGCGCGUUUCACUCCUUUUGAAACAGACAGAUAUGGCUGAAGGGACACUGGCAUCGGCAGUUGUACUGCCCGAACAGGACAACCUCCCCCCAUCCCCAGAUGCUGGUUUGAAACGAAGAAAUUCCGUUGCAGAAGCCGACUCGGAGAGCAAACGCCGUCGCCUUAGCUCACAACAAGAUCACACGGGCGAUCGGUCACCUACGGAGCACAAACAAUCUUCUCCAGAUGGAGCGGAACGCAAGCCGGAACGGAGGCCCGGCCGAGGUGGACGUGAGGAGGAACGCAAGCGUGGACAACGUCUAUUCGGUGCUUUACUGGGGACGCUUUCACAGAGCUCGACUUCAGCGGCUCAGAAACGCCGUGCGGAUAUUGAACGGAGACAACAGGAUAAGCUUAAGCUGCAGGAUGAAGAGUACGGCGAGUUGAAGAAGAAGAGACGGGAGGAACGGGUUGCUAUCCGAAAGAAGGAGCAGAGACUCUAUGAGGAGGAAUCGAUGUGCACGCGACACUCGAACCUACUGGCAAUGUCCCAUUUUCUCAAAACAAAAACUGAGCCUGUAUUAUACUAUAAGCCAUGGCAACUUCGGCCCGGAGAUGAAACGAUCAUACGUGAACAGGUUGAGGAAGCGGAAGCCACAGUUGCUCGGGAGGUCGCAGAAUUCGAGGCGCGCUAUCCAGCUCAUGAGGACGAGUCUUCGAAGAAACAAGAUGAGGUUACUCAAGAAGACCGUGACCAGGCCCCUGAACCCGAAGCCGAACUCAAAGAAGACAAGGAUACAACCCAUGAGACUGACACGGUGGUUGCUGAGACUAACCAUAACAGAGACUCUGAAGCAGCUCCACCUGAUGUUACGGCUACUAAUAAUAACAAUAUACCCAUCGAUAAUGACCAUGCAGACGUCCAUCGAGGUGCUGAAGAUGACGGUGGCGAGGUUGUCGAGGAUAAGGAGGAUACAGUGAUUUACUGAAUGCUAGGCGAUACCAUUUUUUUUUUUCGUUGGCUCUCAAUAUUUUUUAUUUAUUUAUUUUUUCUAACACCGACUUUUAUGUAUGUAUGUGAGCUAUCAUUGGGAGGCGUCUCCUGCAUCUAAGGAAUCGUACAGGACAUGAACGGGCACAACCGAGGCUAUCGAUUAUCCGGCGGAGUCAACAACUUAGCGGCAUUGGCUCUGAAGAUCACUACAAAUCAUAUUCUCAUAUAACGGUUGAAA